AUGAAGACUCCUCAGGUUCUCGGCGCCGUCUUCGGGAUCUUGGGCGGCUUGUUGUUACUGCUCAAUGUCUUCGCUUACUGGCGACGCUCCCGCCGCCGUAACCGAAGUAAGCGCAAGUACGACGAAUGGAUCGAGCGCAGGACAUUCCAGACACCCGCCUCUACCAUAUUAGCGGCUAAUCCUCAGUCAGCGAGUACCGACAGCCUCUAUACCGCUGAGGCGUACAUGAGCGAGUCCGUGAACAGCAGCCCGUACCGCUACGGUGCAGUCGCGCGCUCGGUCUCUCCCGUGCUAGUCAUUGGGCAUUCCCCAGAACUUUCCGCGCCACCUGUGACGCCUCAGCCCAAUCCAUUCACGAUCACGGCGCCUGUCUUGCCAGAGCCGUCGCUGUCGGGUGCACCAGAGACGUCGCCGGCUAUGGGUGCCUUGAGGCCGAGCUCUCCCAACGAACCGUUCCCUUGGACAACGAACAUAGUCUUUGCGCGACCACCGCAACGGAUAUCUUACGCGUCUUCCCAGUCUGCCCAAACAGUGUAUGCAUUGUGA